AUCACCUAUCAGUCCAUAUAGCCUGCUGAGUUGCUCUGUUGCUCGAUUGAUCCUCUGAAACUGUGCACUCUUCUCGAAAUAAGCAGGCUAUUUUAAUCGCGCGCUAACUAUCGACACGAUGCCUCACUCUGUCACUGGAGGACCCGUACCCGACGCACACGCCAUCGCCUCAGCUUGGCUCUCAGACUUCGCCAAACCCUUCGAAGCAGGCGACGUCGAAGGCAUCCUACCCUCUAUCCUCCCCAACGGCUGGUUCAGAGACAUCCUAAUCUUCACGUGGGAUAACCGGACUGCUCGCGGCCACGAUGCUAUUCGCGCCUUCCUUGCUCCUAAACUUCCCAACGCGAAGAUAUCGAACAUCCGUCUCGACGACAGACAGUACUUCAAACCUACGUACGGGUCCAUAUUGGGGCCCGUCUUGGGUGUUGUGGCGUGUUUCUUGUUUGAGACGCCGAUUGCGAAGGGACAGGGGUGUGCGAGGUUGAUGCAGGAUGGGGAGGGCAAGUGGAAGGCUAUAUCUGUGUUUUUGAUGAUGCAGGACCUGAAGGGACAUGAGGAGAUGGGUCCUGAGUCUGGUGUGUAUGGAGGGCAUACGAUUCCGUGGCACCGGGUGAAGGCGGAGAGAUUCGCCAAGAUUGAGAGUGAUCCUCAGGUUAUCAUUGUCGGGGCGGGCCAGACAGGCCUGAAUAUUGGGGCAAGGUUCAAGCAGAUGGGUAUCCGUACAAUCAUUAUCGAGAAGAAUAACCGUGUCGGUGAUGUGUGGCGUAAACGCUACCCAACUCUAGUCCUACAUACUCCACGGCCACAUCACUCGCUGAUAUAUCAGAAUUUUCCCGAUACCUGGCCGACCUUCACUCCUCGGGAUAAACUAGCCGACUUCCUCGAACAAUAUGCGGUCUCCCAGGAUCUCCUCGUUUGGACCAACUCCACCAUAGAGCCCACACCAAAGUACGACCCCACCACCGGCCGAUGGACAUGCACGAUCCUCCGCAACGGUACACCCGUCACACUCACCCCCGCCCACAUCGUCCUCGCCGCCGGAACGCUAGGCGCACCGAACGUCCCUGACGUCCCCACCAUGCCCGAAUUCAAAGGCGAAAUCUUCCAUGCUCAGUCGUUCCAAGGCGCGGAGCCGUUCGCUGGCAAGAAGGUCGUGGUGGUUGGAGCGGGGAACACGGCGGCGGAUAUUUGUCAGGAUUCGGUGACGCAUGGUGCGAAGAGCGUGUUGAUGGUGCAGAGGAGCGAUACCGCGAUCGUUUCGGGAAAGAAGACGGAGUUGAUGCUGUUGCAAGGCUGGCCGAUAGAUGUGCCGUGCCCCGUUAGCGAUUUCAUGUUUUCGAGUAUACCGUGGGGUAUGAAGAAGGAGUUCCUUGGAGCUGCGCCUCCGGAUCCUAACGAUAUGGAUAAUGAGCUAUGGGAUGGUGUGGAGGCGAAAGGGCUGAAAGUCGCCGAUAAAGGAGGACAUGGCCAGUUCCUACUCGUGUUUGAGCGUUUUGGCGGCUACUGGCUCGAUGUAGGAUGUGCCGACCUAAUCCGACAGGAUAAAGUAGGCGUUAAACAGGGAGUCGAAAUUGCCAGCUUCACCUCCAAUACUGUCGUUUUCACCGAUGGAAGUGAGGUCGAAGCCGAUGUCGUGGUAUUUGGAACCGGCUAUCGAAGCAUCCUGGAGUCCUUCAAAACCCUCUUCGGAGAAGAGGUCAUCUCGAAGACGCCGGUCCUGUGGGGCUUUGACCAUGAGCAAGAGCUCAGGGGAUGUUAUCGCCCGUCGGGCCAGCCUGGACUGUGGUACGGUGCGGGCGAUUUCUACAACUCGAGAUUCAUGUCAAAACAACUGGCACUGCAAAUCAAAGCUAUCGAGCUUGGGUACAACAAGCAAUAACGACCCUUAGCCUAUUGCUUCGUUCUUUUCGAUGUCCUUUUACUUAGCACAUUCGGCGUCCGAGACGUCGCGAUCAUAUGUAAGGUAUGCUAGAAUCACAUUAUGAUAGACAGGACCUACCGGAGCUACCCCCCGUUUGUCGAUGAAUGUAUUGGACAGUUGGCUUAUA